AUGGAGGUCGCCGCUUUAUCAAGCGAGCUCCCCAGCGGACCGGGCGUUGAACUUGACCCGGAUGUCGUCAAGGCGUGGAUCGACAUGCAACGGCGCGUGCAGGAGGUAGCGUCGCAGUUGCCCGGGCAAGAGUAUGAUGCAGACUUAGAAGGCCCGGGGGUGCUCGCCUGCCUCGACAGAAUCCAGAGCUCAGGACGCAGGGACUCGGGGAGGAUGGGUCGAGUCAGAGACGUUCUGUCCAAGACUGUUGACGUUAUCCAGCGGGUCGGGGGACUGCUCGCAGAUGUUGCAUCCCAGUUCUUUGCACCAGCCGCACCGUGCUUCAACGCUAUCAACAUGGUUAUCUGCGCCUGGCAGGAGUACCAGAGUGUCUAUGAUACUCUCAAGGGACUCUUUCACGAAUGUAAUGGAUUCCUCGGCCGGCUGGAGGACUACGCGAGGACCGGGAUGAACAAACGAAUGAGCAACAUCGUCUGUCGCGCACUGACCCACUUUGUGGAAAUCUGCGAAAAGGCCGUGGAGCUGCGAACGUCGCGCUGGUUCAAGACUAAAACAGUCAUGAGGAUUGGCUUCCUGUCGCGGAACGACUUUAGGGACUUGAUGGAUGCGAUGCAGCAGAUCACCUCGGACGAAGCGAAGCAGGCGGUGGCCACGAUAUACGGAAACACACAGGAGACGAAGCACUAUACAAAGAUGAACAACCAGAUGCUGGUGGAUGAGGCCGAGGACCGCCAACUGACAAAGCAGGAAACUAAGGAUAAGGCGCGUGUGCUCGAGACCCUGGCCUUUGACCAAAAGUCGGCCGCCUGGGAUUCAGCCAAGGGGGAGCCGAGCCCGACCUGGCGCACGACCUACCAGAGAAUACUCCAGCAGCGGGUUCCCGGGACCGGGCAAUGGCUGUUUGAGCACAAUUCCUUCAAAGCGUGGUUGGGCAAGGGCGACAGUCCCGUCCUGGGCAUUGUUGGCGGCGAAGCAACGGGGAAGAGCUUCCUGGUUUCAUCAGCUAUCCACCAUCUGCGUAGCCAGGGCCCGAGCAAAGAGAGUAUUUCCUCCUCUAGACGGCUCGUCGCGCUGUACUUCCUUGACAGCCAAAAAGUGGACUCGCGGCCCGAGGGGCUCGCCAAGUCUGUCAUUUGGCAGUUUGCGCAGAGCGAUGCCUCGUACAUGCGCGCGGCUGCCUCGACGUGCGGUAAAGGGGCCAUCGAUCCGAAGGAGCUGUUGCCGCGGCUCCUGCUGGACAACCAGGCCGAGCUGGAAAAGAUAGAUGUUACCUUUUUCAUUGUCAUCAACAAGAUUGGAGGCAGCGACAAUACUGUCGAUGACGCGCUCGUGGCGUUCUUGCAUAGGGUCUCGGCGAUGAAGAAGAAAAAGCCAGUGCGCGUCUUGUUCUCCGCCACGGGAGAGACGGUCGACAAGAUGUGGAAAACCGGGCUCGAGUUCCCAACCAUCUCCAUCAACUCGAACUCGGAGGACAUGUCCAAGUACAUCGACAGCCAGCUAGACAAAAUCGACCUUCUCGCUGCCCAUCGCAUGGCUAACGACGAUGUUGCAGCCAUCCGGAAGCAGAUCCACGGCAAGCUGCUCGCCAAGGGCAACUACUACCUCAUAAACAACUACCUCAAUGAGAUCCGCAACCUGGACUACGACCGGGAGAUCUUCGACGUCCUGGACGGCCGCCAGGACAGUCUGACGGACCGCAUCGACAAGGACAUCCAGCAACUCAACACGCACCGCACAGACCGCGAACUCAAGGAGAUCAACACCGUCAUCCGCUGGAUCACCUUUGCGCGCGAGCGUAUGACCGGUGAGAAGAUGAAGGCGGUGCUCCAGUUUGAGAAGGCGGCCACCUCCCUCCGGCCCCUCGAGGAGCGGCUCACGCAAAAGUUCCUCCUCUUCGAGGUUGACAACGACGGAUACGUUGCGUUCCGCUCUGAGCAGAUCGCAGACAAGCUCAGGGAGCGAUCGGCGCACAAGUCUUCCAUGCGCGAGAAGGAUAACCAGAAGAACGCCGUCCAGGACAGCGAGGUCGAUAUUGUCCGGCACUUUUUCAAAACCGUGUGUCCGCCGGCCCUGAUUGAGAAGCUGGAGCUGGAGAAGCAUUUCCAGGCUAAACUACACGGAGGGAAGGAAAAUGUCUACCUGGAGGAUUCUAAUACGGCGAAUUUCGAUCUGGCCAAGGCGUGCCUGCAGGUGCUGGCGAGCGAUGGCACCGAGAGGCUCAAAGUACUGAGAGGAUACGCAGCCCGUAAUCUAAUCCACCAUAUGUCCGACGUCCAGUUGACAGUUAUUGACCAUGACCUGAAGGCGAAGGCCGGGCGGGACCUUGUCCAGCUGUUUCACAGCGGUCCGGCAAUAGACAACCUGUUCUGGGCAAAAGAAGAGACCCCGCAGUUUCCUGGGUGGUUUUUAGAUCAAAAGGCGGUUGACGUGGUUUUCCGGUGGCUGAAGGGGGCGUCUGCGCUUGUCAAACAUGGUGACAAGGAGGAAAAAUGGCUCCGCGAGGUAUUGGCCAGCGAGAGCAAUAAUAGCGUGCAGACGCUGGUCGAGCCGUCCAUCGUUCGAAUGGCAGAAAAUUGCUUCCGGAUGGAGGCAAACCCGGCAAAUACCUCGGCUGCAUUUAGAAUUGUUGGAGGAUUCAUGUUAAAGUUCGGACUCCUCCCCCCGCCCACGGACGCGAGCAAACCACCUCCGCUAUCCAAGAUCAAAGAGGUUGAGGCGUGGUGCCUGAAGAAUCUUCAACUCGACGAGCCUGACUCACUUUGGGACUGUCAGAUGGCAUUUGUGCUGGUAGGACUGGGUGAAACGUCCGAGUGCCAGGCACGGUGCCGCAAAGCCAUCGAACGUGACGAGCACAACUGGCGCGCAUCUUACCUGCUGGCGGGCACCCUUGGGGCUGAUGCAGAGGCAAAAAAGAUUCUCAAGCGCCUCAUCUCCCACUACAAAGGCAAUGCGCCGUGGAUGAAGCAGAACAAGCUAUAUUUCGCCGACAUGGUCUACCGGCUUGGAGUCUGGUACUGGACUAACCAGCAACGCGACAAGGCGAUGAGAUGGUUCUCAACGUUUGCUGAACAAGGCACAGACCAGUUCCCUUCCUACUUUUACAUUAUCGAAUAUUAUUUUGAGGCAGACGCCUGGAACUCCAUCGCAGAUAUACUGCAGAAGCUUAUCCCCGACGCCCGCCUCACUCGCAUGGCCAUUGCAUUAGAGAACACCCCGCUAAAUGAAAAGUUCGACCGCAUGAUCCUGCAAUACGUGGUCAACACCGAGGACUACGCGAUGCUCGACCACAUAUACCCCGACGCAAUCGACACCAGCGUAAAGGCCCGCAACCACCGCGCCUGCUUCCACUUCCGCCGCGCCUACGCCGUGGGCCUCUCUGCGAAACCCCAAGUCCCGCUGGACCAGGUAAUGGGUCUCCUCCUCGCCGCCGCCCAGGAGGACGUGCCCUACAGCGGCCUGAACAUGCCAGACGCCCUGUUCCGCGUCGGGUACCGGCUCGGCGCAAUCUACCUCGACAAGGCCAAGCGGGCGCGCGACGAGGCCGACGCCGAUGCCUGGCUGCGCAAGAUCGCUGAUAUCAUCCCCGAGCAGGUCUCCGAGGACCAGAUGCGGCUCCCGCUGCGCCUGUUCGCCGCGCGGUACCACAAGAUCCGCGGGAAUGAGGACGCGGCGCUCCAGGCGGCGCACAAUUCGCUGAAGAUGGGUGUGGAGUUAAUGGCAGACGGCGACGCGUCGAAUGAUAUGCUCGCGUACGAGAAGAUCCUGUAUGCGGUGACACCGUUUGGGGAUGAGAACCAUGCCCGUGCUGCGACGUAUAUGAUGAAGGCGGAGGGCAGCGGGUCGCAGGGUGGUGGUGGUGGGUACGAGGUGUUUUGCUCGUGCAAGUGUGGUGCGCGUUUGGAUGGAGAUCAGUGGCGGUGCAUGGACUGCAUCAAGGUGGUUCUGACGACACGAUGUAGAGACAAUGUGGAAAAAGGGUUGAUUGGACAUGUAUGCCAGCCCGGUCAUAAACACUUUCCCAUACGCAAGUGGACUGGAGCGGAGCUUGGCAAGGGGGUGCCCUGGAAGGAUAGAGUCAUCACUUUGGACCACUGGAGAAACAAGCUGAUCCGAGACUAUCUAAAGUGA